CACUGGGGUUUCUGACAGCCAUCGGAGUCUUCAUAGUCCUUAUGAUUCUUCUGUUCAUGUACCUCAACAACAAACUGACACCAGGGAAUGCUGGCAACCUGCAAUGCCUUGACACAUUUGGGAAAACCAAGGAGGUGCAAGCUUUUGGCCGACAUAUUCUCCAAAUAGCCUGAAUAACCUGGAUUUUUUCCAAACAGUAGGCACUUCUCUAUCAAUAAACAGGUGGUUUUCCUUAUGUCCUUUUGGCUCAAGUGGGGUGCUACCUUUUUCAACGAGCGGUUAAGUUUACUACACUGUUUUUAAAGUUGUUUAAUUUCAGCUCAACUCUGAGUGUUCCCAUUAAUUUGUAACCGGACAUGAAUCUGAAACUACUUCCAUGACAGUCCAGCCCUUAUUUCACAUUGCCAUCCUCUGCCAUUUUAACUCAAAUUUGGAGCCCACUUUGCAUGGAAACUUUGAAACUAUUCAACAAUGAUUAUUUUUAUGGCCAGCAUGGAUAUUGUUAUGAUCUAAGCUUUCUUGUCAGAUUCACGGUGAUGUCAUAGAGGUGCUCUGAACUCAUGUUUUAUCUGUCAUAGGGUUUCAUUCAAAUGAAUGUGCUGCAUGUCUUCAGUUGUUAUAUUAACACACUGAUGAUAAUACAGUUUGACCCAUACAGUUGAAAUGAAAUGAAUGUUAGCCAAUUUCAGAUCAGUUGUUACAAUGACAACAUACCUAGUUAACUAAUGCACCUCUGCUACUCUCUGCUGUUGGUGGACUGUAACAACGAUCUUCUAUAUAUUAUAAAGAUAAUAAAAAAUAUCUUUGGCAUGUGUCUACCAAAUAUGAUGCAUGAUAUGGAACAUGUGUAAGUAUCCAUAGACUGGUAGGCAGGAUAAAUCACAUUCAUACCAACUUCCUGUGUUCCUACUCUCAGACAACCCUCCCUCAAAUUCAAGUAAUUUGAGUUGAAAGUUUAUGACACUCAAAGUUACCACACCAUUUUGUCUCUCCCUUCCCCCUAGACAAGGUCUACCCUGAUGAAGACCUAAGGGAUUCGUCUGACAGUGAGGACGAAGUGAUGGGCCAAUACCAGGAGGCAGUCAAUCGUUCACAAGGCCUCCAAGGAUGCAGGACAAACUCUCAGCAGCAAAGGGGCUAUUGCUGGGAGACCAGGCAGAAAUACAGCCCUCUAUCUGUGGAGUAUGAUGGUUACAGCAGCGAGGCCUCUGUUGAGGAUGCCAACUGCAUCCAGAGGAUGCGGCGAACACCCCCGCUGGACGAGCUCCAGCCGCCGCCCUACCAGGACGAAGACGGCUCCCCACGGAUGUCCUGCUCACCCUCGGACUUGGGCGACACCAAAUGUGACCUGUCCUACACUGAUAGUCCCCACCAUUCCUAUGGCAAGUGCCCAAGUGAGGGCAGCGGAGGCCAGGAGAUGGAGAACUACUUACACAAGUGCUACGAGGAGGAUGUACCCAGUGACAGCACAGCCGUGCUCAGCCCAGAGAAACCCUUGUACAGGGCGUGGUACAAGAGCAAAGAUUCACAUCAGAAACAAAAGGACAUGUCAGCUAGAGGGUCAAUGGUGCUGCUCCCCAAAGGCUAUGAGCCGGAUCCAGUGGCCAAAUACGGUACCCUAGAUGUCGUGCUUGACUACGGCUCUGGGGACCAGCGGCUCACAGUCACAGUCACAGCUGUCACUGACAUCCCCGCCCUUAAACGUACAGGCAACGUCUCCUGGCAGGUUCACAUGGUUCUUCUUCCCACUAAAAAACAGCGGGCAAAGACGAGCAUUCAGAAAGGGCCUUGCCCUGUGUUCACAGAGACCUUCCGAUUUAGUCACGUGGAGUCCGAUAUGAUUGGAAACUACGCUAUCCGAUUCCGCCUCUACAGUGUGCGACGGAUGAAGAAGGAGAAGGUACUGGGAGAAAAGGUGUUCUUUCUCACUAAGCUGAAUCUUCAGGGCAAGAUGUCAGUACCGGUUAUAUUGGACCCCUGCUGUGCACUCCCGGGUAGUGAAUCCCAAGGCAGUCUCUCAGAGCUGUCAUGCAGUGGGAGCGCAUCUUCAUUCCAGACAGUCAGUCAGGGCUCCAUGGCAGAGAUCCUGGUGGGUCUCGUGUACAACGCCACCACUGGGCGUCUGUCGGUGGAAAUCAUCAAAGGCAGCCACUUCAAAAACCUGGCUGCCAAUAAGCCACCCAAUGGGUUGUUCUGUUGUCUAAAGCACUUGAUAGGUGGACAGGUUUAUAUUAUCAGAGAUACAUAUGUCAAGCUGACCUUACUGAACUCAAUGGGCCAAGAGAUGUCCAAGUGUAAGACAUCAAUAUGUCGCGGACAGCCCAACCCCAUGUACAAGGAGACAUUUGUCUUCCAGGUUGCCCUGUUCCAGCUGUCUGAUGUGACCCUCAUCCUCUCUGUCUACAACAAACGCAGCAUGAAACGCAAAGAGAUGAUUGGCUGGAUCUCAUUGGGUCUCAACAGUUCUGGGGAAGAGGAGCUCACCCAUUGGACCGAGAUGAAAGAGUCCAAAGGACAGCAGGUCUGCCGUUGGCAUAGUCUUUUGGAAUCCUAGAGGAGCUGAACAGAGGAAUGGAUAAGAGGGGAGAGUUGAAGGGAAGCUUGAAGAUGUCUUUGGUCUGGCACAGCUGACAGGCUUGGUACUGUAACUAGGAAGAUAUGCCAUGUGAAAUGGCUAACAGCCCAACACUUGACUGAGCUUUAUACGUUUUUGCACACAUUGUUUUGCAGAAUUAUUUAGUUUGUUGUUUUGAAGGUGAUUGGCGGACAGUUUGACAAGCAGUGAUGUUGAUACCUGUUGCACACUUGCCAAAACCCAAGUUGGUUGGUUGGAAUGGGUCAACUAAAUAUAUUUUACUGGGGUAGGUGAUGUGGUUAAGAGGUUAUUAAACAUGCUGAAGAGUUCUCAGUUUCUACAUUUAACUGUGGAACCUUUUGUCUACGUUUUUUUUUUUACACAUGACAUGAACCUUGCGCAGCUGCUGUGCCAACCAAUAGAUUUGUUGUAGAUGUCAGUAAUUCUUCACAAAUGCUUGAGACAUUUUUUGGCUCAAAAUAAUAUGGAGGCUAAUUUCACUUAUUCAAAAUGUUUUGGUAGCGAAGCUGGCUAAAGUGAUGUUUAAGAAAGGUGAUUGUUGAGUGUGUGAGUCAGACGAACUCAGGUUGUACCCCUCGAGUGGGCAAGUAAGGGAGGAAGCGAUACUGACAAGCGAAACAAUGACACCUAUAACACAAGUUAUAUAACUUCAGCACAGCGCAUCAAUAAUUUACACUUGGCUGGAUCACAGAGAGCUUCUCUCAAUCCCAUAGUUAAAUAUUUUGGUUAAAAGCACUACUGGUCUUCCAUAUGAAUAACAUGCUUAUUAACCAUGUUGAAGUAAAUGAUCUGGGUUAACCCCAUUUAAACUAAUCUGGCGAAAACCCAGAUUUUUUUUAUGAUAGUUGUAAAUCAUACGCUAGUGUUACUUGCCCACAGUACAGACCAGAAAGUGAUUAGUCAUCACAUUUCAAAGGCUUAGUCUUUCUAAUAGACGAUACUGUCAUGGUGAGUGGCAGGUGACACUAUAAUGUAUUUAAAAACUCAAUAUGUGUUUUAUUGGCAUCUACUUGCGCAAGCUCAUUUUCUAUUUUAAGCACUUUAAAUUGUAUAAAGUGUAUUUAGCCACGUUGAUGCCAACACUUGAUGCAGAUCAAGUAAAUGUUUUACUCUAUGGUUACUUUUACUUUUAUGUUUCUGAUCAAUAUAGAGAUGAUAGAUCUAUAUUUUUUGUCACCCUUUCCAAAUUUUACUUACCCCAGUGCUAUUUGUUAUUGGAAACCACACACUUGCCUUAUAUGUUGAGCUUGGGCACUUUGUUACCCUGUCGAGAGGAAGAAUCCAUGGGAUCCUAUUAGCUUUUUCCCUUAGGGGUAGAGUACACAUGGUCGGUUAACAGAAAGCACACAGCAGUCUAUGAAAAUGAAUUAAUUGUGACUAACGUUGAUUAUAUUUCAGAAUUAGAGCCUUGGAGUUAGAGUUUGUAGGAUGAAUUUUUGUUAGCCAAAUUAACAAGGGUGACUGUUAUUAUAGUUACUCCAUCUUGUCCACGGAGAAGAGUAGUUGUUAUUGGCUGUGUCUGUUGUGGUGCAACUUUGCAAUGUGCAGCUUAUCAAUAAGAGUGUGUAUUAUUAAGGCUAGAAAAUGUGUUUUAAAAAUAGGGGUUGGUAACAUUUACAUUCUUGUGGUGUUGGUUGCUGUUUGGGUGUCAUAUUGGGUGUCUGUGUUUGUUUCGAGAAUGUUGAACUUCUCACUUACAAAUUGUUACUCAUUGUAUACUUUAUAUAUAUAUUUUCUAGAUCUAUUUUUGUAUCAAUAAUGUGGACCUUUUUAAAAGACAAUAUAGGGUGUGAGUUAAAUAGUCUGGUGAGCAAUAUGCUAUUACAGCCAUAUCUGUUCAUCCAGUUUAGUUGACUUUGAUUUGGUUCAGCAAGUAUGCUAGAAUAAACACCCUUCUAUGUUCAGUGGAAAUUAGAGUAAAGGUCUGGGAAAAAUAGGGGGAAAAAAAUGCUUAUUUUACUAACCGUGAUUGUAGGUGCUGUGUCAGUAGGUUGUGGUGUUUAGCUGGUAUCCAUCUCAGACAAGAAAGAAAUGCAAAGGUAAAAAGAAAAGCUAUUCAAAGUAACUUGUCAAGUAAGAUUUUUUUAUUGGUGUUAUGUUUGUAAUAACACAAAAGCACAGCCUUACCUUGUAUUCCUUCUCCUACCCCCAACUGCACCUACUCUUGUUCUUGCUAUUUUAAGCUUGUGACAAAUGGCAAGAGACAAUAUCAUAACUUGAAUAACGUGAAUAUUGUAUCAAGCAAAGCUUGUACCUUGCCACUGGUUAUUUAUUUAACUAUUAUAAUUAUAAAUAGGCCUACUAGCACAUUCAACACAUUAUCAAGGAUUUAAAGUUCUACUGAUCUGGGCUGCGUUUCCCAAUAGCAUCAUAAGCCUAAGUAGAUUGUAGAAUCCAUCGUACGAUUGAUCUUAGUUUUGCGGUCCGUUUCCAAAAGCCAUCUCAAUUUACGUAGUAGCCUAGGCCUACUUCAAACUGCUUGUAGAUUACCAAGUGCUCCACAGUAGGCCUGGUUGUACAGCUCGCUAAGUGCAUCUUAAGCAAAAAUACUCCAUGUAGACACCGGCAGGCCAACCAUAAACCCAACAUGGAUACAUAAACACAAACCGUUUUUGAGAUGGGAAAAAAAGAAUGAUAUGAUGACAAUAUAUAUAUAUAUAUAUUAAUUUUUUACAGCAGUUAAAAUGGAACUAGGAUAUGUUGACAUGAAAUAGGGCCUACAAAAGUUUGCUGCAGACAAGAUUUAAUUAAUUAAUUAGGUUGGUUUGUAAAAAUGUAUCUUUCAAGUUCACAAGGAGUUAAUAAUAAUUAGGCUACCCUACAAUAAAUGUAAACCGUUUUCUGUAAUGAGAGUAGGCCUAGAUAAGUAAUUUUUGUGUAGACCUGUCCGUGAUUAAUCAAUUAUGUUGGUUAAAGUUUUAUUUUUAAAAACACUCUUUAAGUUGCUACAGAACAACAUUUCAGCACUGGAUAGAUAAAUAGUAGGCUACUUAAGGCUUGUAGGCUAUGAGCGUUGUUGUUACGAGCAUGUUUGGGAAACUCACAUAAAAAAUCAACGUUCAAUAAAUCGCUUGUAGAAAAUGUUCUUAACAACUAAGAUCAAUCAUUAUUGUAAAACGAGGCCCUGGUUGUCUGUUAAAACAAAUAACUUUCUUUUCAACAUAUGACUUAAGAACACAUACCAGCACUAACGUCACACAACCACCCAAGAGAAACAGGGAUUCCAGGCAUUGGCAUAGUCUAUGAUUAAUAAAAAUGACCAGUGGGAAAAACUCAGAAUUGACAUGGAUGUUGUGACCAAAGAGAAGUCUCUGUGGUAAUGAUAUAAAUCACCAGCAUUAUUAAAUCCCCUUUGAAUAAUGGAUUGUGGCAGUCAUUGGAUGUAGGCUACUUAAGGCUUUAAGGAUCAAAUACUACACUUGGUGUUGGUAGGCACUGUUUUCUAUCAGUGACAUGCUCUUGCAGUCACUGAUAGAAAGCUGCAACACUGAUGUCCAUCCCCCCAUAGAUGGUUGGGAGUGGAGUUAACCAGCUUUUGUUCGCACCCAGUACCUGCCUGUGAGAGGUGCGAAAAACGUCAGAAAACACCAAAAUACCAGCACACGUCACAUAUCAUGAGAGGCUGUUGCUAUGGCAACGUUAGGCUUGGGUAGUGAAAAAGUGCCAAAGAGUAGACCAAACAAUCUAAAAAAUUAAAAUAAAUGAUUUUAAUUUCCAAAUGAACACAAAUAUUUGUCAUCAAAUGACAACAAAAAGAGGGAAACAGAUUUAAACAUCAGAGUUGACCAAAGAUUUGAGAUCAGGCCACAGUCAACAAACUUCUACCACUGGCUAUCCCUUCGUCCCUUGGCAUAUGCCUACUGUGAGGCAAUUACCAUUCUUGAUUCACCCGAGGUGAGCUACCCUCCACACCAUCUAGGAGAAUGUGGUCUUUGUGGUGGCCGCCAUUUUAACUUAGUCCUGCCAGACACCUCUGGAGGCCCUGCAGGCUAACCCUAACCCUACAGCACCCAGCCUCUCGUGGUGUCACAGCAGGCUAACCCUAACCCUACAGCACCCAGCCUUUCGUGGUGUCACAGCUUGUUAUUAGGGGCAUUGGUUGCAAUAAAUGUUUACAGAAAGUAAUAGUGAAUUAAAGGUACAAAUUGUUCAUAAUGCAUUUCACAGAUGUGGUAUGUAUUAGGCCCACCCUUUUGCAGAAAUGGUACAUUUCCUAUUGUUGGGGUCUGUAUUAUUUAGACUCAGUACCCUUUCAGAAAUCUUUUACAAGGUGUGUUCCUGAUAUGUAAUAAAAGUUGUGACUGUACACUUGACUGAAAGAAAUGUACUUGUUUAUAACUCAUUUAGCGUUUCAGUUUCUUCUGCUUUUUCAAACUGCCUAUACCACCGAUUCUAUCGGUGCCUUCCUUUUUUCUUAAGGACAUUGUUUUCAAAUGGUGUAAAUGUACAUAUUUAUGUCACCUUAAAUUUGACAGAUUCUUGGACAGUAUGAUUUCUAAUAAAGAGGAUUUGUAUGUGAGAUAAAAAGAGGA